UUGUAAGGCAUUAGAGCCAUUACUAGCCAUUACCAGAGGUAGCACGGUAUUUCACUAUAUAUAUUCAGGAUCUAUCCAACUCUGGUACUGUCAGGCAUUGACAGUCGUUACUAGUCAUUACUACGGUCUAUUCAACUGUGACCAUGACCUGCCCUGAACCCAAAACAGACACAGGCAUGGGCCAUGUCUUUCAAGACCCCACCCUGAACUGCUAGCUGCUCCGGUACUGUCAGACAUUACUAGUCGUUACUAGCUAUUGCUAGACGGUGCUACAGUGAGUGCUUUCCAGCAUUACUGGAGAAAGCACGGUAUUUCACUCUGUGCAGAUCUAUCUCACCAAGACCUACCCUGAACUACUGCUCGUGAUUACUUACAUUACUAGCACUUGUCAUUCCUGUCUGAUUCUAAAUUGUCUUCAUCCUUCAAAGCCAAAACAAGAUAAAUAAAAAAGAGUCAAGGAAAAUAAAAAUCGAAAAAUCUCCGUUGCUGCCUCCUCCUUUUCCCCCCUCCCUCCCUCCCUCCCUUCUCCCCCUCUCCCCUCUCUCCUCCCCCCU